AUGUUCCUCUGUGGCAACAUGUGCCUGCAUUCUGCUCUUCCACGCCAUGGCCUGAAGAGGUACACACCAUCUUCUCCAGCAAGCAGUAGUUUCCUGCAUAAGAAGGAGGCACAAGGCUACUCUUUUUUCCUGCUCUGCAAACACACCAGCACUGCAACUAAGGGAUCUGUGCAGGCGGCUGGCCAUGACCUCUACAGUGCCAAUCAUUACAUAGUGCCACCUAUGGAGAAAGACCUUGUAAAAACCGACACUCACAAUGCUCUUGCUGCUGGAGGCUAUGGGAGAGUAGCUCCAUAUUCUGUUUUGGCUGCAAAGCACUUCCUAGAUGUAGCAGGUGGUGUCAUAGAUGAAGAUUAUGGAGGAAAUAUUUGCCUUGUUCUGUUCAACUUUGGCAAAGGAAAGUCUGAAAUUAAAAAGGGUGACCACGUUGUACAGCUCAUUUGUGAAUGA